CAGAAGAGACCACCUCCCUUGUGUCCGCAGGGGGGGGGGUCGUCUCCCUUCUCCCCUUUUCCUGCAGAUUCUGUCGCCCCGUCUCCUCCUGGCAUUGCUGCUUGGGGAGGCGUGCAAACCCCAGCCCCGUUCCGAGGAAAUGUUUUUCCUCUGCAAAAAAGGGAAAAAAAACAUCUCCCCUUCUUCUGGUUUCUUGUGACUCUUAAGGUUUCCUAGUGCGACUGGUGGAAAGGCCUGGAAGAGGAGGAGGAGGAACAGGGAAGGGAGGGGGGCACCCCAGCAGCCUUGGCAUGUGACUGCCUGCCUGAGCAAAAAGUGGCGAUUUUUUUUUCCGCCGGUCCCGGGGCGAGCGAGGAGCGAAUUCUCGAGGUGCGCGCGUGUGUCGGUGUGUCUGGGGCGCUGCGCGCUGCAGCGGAUGCUGGCCAGUAGCAAAUGACCAUGGACGCUCCCGGGCUUUCUUCCAGAGGUUUGCUGACCUGUCUCCUGCCUCCCCUGCUGCUGUUCUGUAGCUGGUCAGGUGCCAAAGGCCAAGAUUUGGAAAUUCUGCAGCCCCCAGGACCCUUGUCUGUGUCAGCAGGAGAGACCCUCACUCUGACAUGUACAGUAAGAGGAAGUGGUCCACCAGGAGGUGUGAAAUGGCACAAAGGGUCGGACAGAAAGCAGGCCAUUUACAGUGAAAGAGGACAAUAUCCUUCCCGCGUGACCAGGGUUGUUCCUGGAUCAGAAACAGACUUCAGCAUCCGCAUCAGCAACAUCCGACCUGAGGAUGCUGGGACCUAUUACUGUGUCAAGUACAGGGCAGGAUCCCAAGAAACAGAAUUGAAAUCGGGAGUGGGCACUGAGGUUUCCGUGAUUGCCACGCCAUCCCAGCCAUCUAUCGAGGGUCCCACGAGCAGAGUGUUAUCUGGGACCUCGGCGACUUUCAGCUGCACGUCGGAUGGAUUCUCCCCCCGAGCCAUCAAAGUCACUUGGCUGAAGGACAACACCAGGAUCGGGUCCCCAGAGCCCACCGUUCUGCCAGAAGGAGACAGCAUCUCCUACCAAGUGCUGAGCACUGUGCAGGUGCCACUCACAAGAGACGAUGUGAAGUCCCAGCUCAUCUGCCAGAUUGAACACGAGACCUUGCGGAGUCCCCUGCGGGAGUUUUUCAAACUUAGAGAUAUCCUACGAGUUCCACCCAGAGUGAAGCUGGAAGCCAACCCAGCCAACCCCGUCCCGCUGAACGAAUCGGUGACCUUCAGCUGCAGCGCGGAAGGGUUUUACCCAGAAGACACAACCUUGGCCUUGACUCUGAACAGCAGCCUGAGUGAAACAGGAACGGCUGAGCCCAUGGCCCAGAACGGGGAUGGGACAUUCACCCUCAGGAGCUCCCUGAAGCUGAAUGCCACGGAAGAAAGGAACCAGUCUGCAUUUACUUGCCUGGUUAUGCAAAAUUCUCAGCCUGUAGCAACUGAAACGUCAGUGCUGAACAUCAGGGUGCUGACUGAAGGAAGUGAAAGCGUCAGUAUGGAGCCAGAUGAGAAGAAAAUCUACAUCAUCAGUGCCGUGGUUUGUGCCCUCCUGGUGGUAUUGGUGGUGACUAUCAUCUACUUCAUCCAUGCAAGGCAUAACAAGGAUAAAGAGCCCACAUCUGUGAGGCUGCACGAAUCUGAGAAGGCUUCUGGGGGAGCAAAUCAGGAGCCUGAUCCCAACAACGUCACCUAUGCAGACUUGAACUUCGAAAAGGCGCCCAAGAAGAGCCCCCAACAGGUGGUUGAGAUCAGCCAGCAGUCUGAAUACGCCAGCAUCCAGACUGUCCCGCCAGCGCCCAACGACGAGAAUGUUACCUAUGCAGAUUUGGACAUGGUCCACCUAAGCAAAGCUCCCAAGAGACCUGCCCCACAGCCGGAGGAAACCAGCUCAGAAUACGCCAGCGUACAGGUUCGGGGCAAGUGAUCCCUGGCUGCCGCCGUCGGCUCUCUGUGGCUUGCCGGCCCUCUUGCGGGGUUGUCGGAGACCUCCCUUGCUGGGGUUGGAUCCUUGGCCUUGUCUCCAGACUGGGUCUCAACUGAGGAGCAGUGGGAUUUGCCUGCCAAGAAGCGGUUCCUGCAGUUUCUUUGAGUGGAACUUAAUGUACGUAGCCAAGGUCAAGGAGGAAACUAAUUGGUGCUACACACAAUUGCAUCCUGGUACUUGGGCUAGUUCAUGGCGCCUCUUCAUCCCCUGGUUAUCAGGUGGACGGGAGGUGCCUAGACCAACUAAGGAUCUAACACAGCUUUUAUCACUGGGACCAUAACUCUCUUCUUUCGGUUCAUUUAAGCACGUCACACGGAGCAAGUGGCGAGUUGUCACCUUGGAGGCAGGCGGGCCUCUCUCUUCAGCUUUGGCCAGCUAAAGGCCUUCUCUCCACUUCCUUCUGGGACAACCAAACCCUCUCAGAUGCCACUUUGAGAAGCUUUUCGUUCCUCCACGGGGGCUGAACAAAGCCAAGAUGGCAGCCCCAGCUAGCUCUGUGGGGUGGGAAGAAGCAAGUGGACGCUACCCACAUCAAGACUUGGUGGUCCUUAGGAGAAGGAAACACCCACUUCCCCAGGUCCUCCUGGGAAGAGGAGGAAGAAGAAGCCUACUUUCUUGCUCAUGGUGGCAUCUGAUUCACUUUGUAUCUCUCUAGUCCACAGAUGUAUUUUCCUCCCUCUCCCCCUGACAGUACGUCUUGGGACAGUGCCUCUUGGAGAUACAGCAGUUUGUUCUGGGCUAGCAGUUGCCAACCUGGUGUCCUCAUGAUGUUUCAGACUAUGACUCCCAUCACCUGUUGAUCUUGGUGGAGGUUGCCGUCCAAACACAUCUGGUGGCACCAGGCUGGUGAAGGCUGUUCCACGACAACCCAUCCAUCUUGCCUAACCCCAGGGGCCGAUCUCUGGCAAAGCCAAAUCUGUAGAACGCAUUUUAGGUGUGUCAAUCUGCUCCUCAUUUUUAUUUCUUUUUAAUCCGCCUUUUUUAUUUCAUCCCUACGUGUGUCUAGAAUUGGGGAGGGGUGACCUCGGACGUGUCUUGCAGCCUCUGUGAUAGGCCUUAGGAAAUACGAAGCCACGUUGAAGAAUCUUGUCCACUCCCGUCUCUGCCAUGUUCUGCUUGGUUCCUCGGCUGACCCCUCCCAGAUUUGGCUAAGUAGGGGCAGCAACCUUCACAACAGAACUAAGGCCUGCAAGAGGUGUGUGGGAGUGUGUGUGUGUGUGCUUCUGAAAGCUGAUUCUUGCCGCCGCCACCACCACUGUUGCGGUGUAGGAUGCCUUGCGUGGUUAGAGAAGAGAGAGUUUCCAAGCCAGCCAUUCUCCACCCUGGCAGAUCUCCAUCUGCUCGUAUCUUUCCUGCAGAGCCACUCCCUAACACGACACAAACACACUCACAAGCCCAACCUGCUACUCUGCUUGGGCUCCAUUGUGGCUCGUUUUUCUUGCGGCCAUUUUGGUUUCGUUAUCAUUGUUGUUUUGCACAGUUCACAAAUGUGCAGUAGCCCAAGCAAACAUUGGGGGGCCCCACCCCAGGACCACAGGGGAACAGCAGCGAGUGAUUAUGGGGCAAUGACUGUUGACAGAGGAGGGGAAAGGUGGUUUGGGGUCAAUGCCAGUAGAGUGGCUUAGCUGGGCUGAUACCCCCACGGGGGCGCGGGUGGGGCGAAACUUCUCAUGAGGCUACUAAAACAGGCAGCUCAUUGCAAGUAUAGAGUUUACACCUUUUGGCAGCCCAGAUUGCUCCCGCCCUCCCCAUGAUCUCACCGCCCGCCAUGCCAAGGGAACUUCCUCUUGCCUUUCAGUCUUUCCUUCUUGGCCGAAUCCAUGCUGUUGUCCUCCCUUCCUCUGGUGGUCUUGCUCACUUUUCUUUCCGAAAGAGCCUUUGGGGCAGGGUUGGGGGAGCACUUGGGAUAAGGAAUAGCACCUCUCUGCCCCCGUGGGAAGUAGGGCUGCCCCCACCCCACCCUGCCCGAAACACCAUCGUACCACCUGUGUUGACUGUUCAGCAUUAUAACUGUUUACUCCUUUUAGAACUAAAAAAACCGAGAAAAAAAUACCAGUAUUUGUGUGUGUUCUUUGUAAGUGGGUGUAGUACUGUGUACUUAGCACUAGUGUGACAAGCACAAAAGCAAAGUUUAAAAAGGGAUAAAGUGCUGGGGAAGAGAGAGGGGGUCUCUUAAAACUUGUCCUCUCCCCCAUGGUGACUUGACCCACCAUAACCUACCCUGUGUGACUCCUGCUGCCAGUAACCAAAAUUCCUCUUCUUGUUUUUAUUUUAUUUUAUUUGUGGCUCUGUGUUCCUUUUAAAACAAAACAGAAAACUAAGGCAAUUUAGGAACUAACUGGCACUCUGCGGAAAUAGAAGGAAGUCGGGGGACCAGAACAGGAGGCGAGGGUUGCAGAGAAGUGACGUCUUCCAAAUUCUCUACUGCAGAUCUUCCACCUUAAGUUUGACCCAAGCGGAUCGCGAGAUCCAGGAUGAAGGCAAUCGAAACUCGGGAGAGUUUAGCCCGAUUUGCUAAUUCUUCAGGAAGAUGAGCAAAUCUCAAUGGGUCUCACAUUGAAAAGACACAGGGCAGGCCUCUCUUGUCACUUGCGUGUCUCAAAAAUGUGCCAGUGUCUUCUGGUGGGGACACAAAGUGGAGCCAUCCAAGAGCACCUUCUCCUUUUUCCAGAAGGUGCCUGUUCACAAUGACGCUUCGGGACAUGGUAACAACUCCUCUUUGGGUCAGUAAAGCAGGGAUGGGUGAUAAUUGUGACCCUCCUGAUGCCCUUGGAUUCAAAACUCCCAUCAGCCCCACCCAGCAUGGCCAGUGGGCUGAUGGGAGUUGCAGUCCAGAAGCGAUGGAAGGACCACAGUUUCCUUCACCCUUGCUCAAAAUAAAUGUGUGAUGGGAAGAGUUUUGGGACACUGAUGACAUCGCGCUUAAAAUUUUUAAAAAAAUGCCAGUAGGCACUUGUAUUGCUAAUAUGAGAAAGGGGAGGUAUGAGUGUGGUUUGGGCAGAUACGGUUCUGGGAACGGCAAGCCAUGGUGGCAUCUCACCCUUCUGAGGUCACAAAGACAAGUCCUUUCGGCCACAUUCUCUUGGCUCCUUCCGUACAUCAUGCAUAAGGACGUGGAGGCCAAAGCCAAUGGUUCAGGAGGCAAACAGACGCUGUCCAAAAUGGCGGUCACACGUUCACAACUCUCCUCUCCCUCAGUAACUUCCCCUCCAACUUAAGACCUGUCCUGACAUCGCGAUGCUCUAUGGUUCCUCACAUCAUUGGCUGCUGGAAGAUGCAGGUUGCCAUGACACCAGGAUGUUCGUAAGCUAGCUGGAUGUUAUUUGGGGAGGAAGGAAGACCUCUGGCUGCCAUUUUUGGCUUCCACAGCUUCUCCUGACAUUUACUUUGGUCCUUAGUCAAGGCAGAAAUGUCAUACCAGCUUCUGGGUUCCUCUGUUUCCAAACACUCCACUGCCACCCUCCUCCUCAGUGGUGUCGGGUGGGAAUGUGUAGAAGUUCAAUGGUACCCUAGCUUGGGAGAUGGAAUGCCAAGAGCUUUAGCCCAUAGUGGGAGGCUACAAACCACUCUAUUGAGCCUAGUCUCUUGGCCCUGGUUUUGCAGGGAGGAAAAUGGGACCAGGAAAAGAAAGAAAGAAGAAAAAUGAAGACGUAUUGGGAUAUAUUUGUUGUGGAUCAAAAAAAUUAUAGGUGACUGUUUGUAUGAAUUGCACCUUAAGUUCGUUUGGGUUUUUUGUUGUUUGUUUUUGUUUUUCGCUUGCAAGAUAUUUUUGUAAUAAAAGCAUUCAAAGUUCUGCACCAA